AUGCGAUGGGGUAUUCAAAAUGAAUCAAGUAACAAUCAUAGUGAAGUUCAAACAUGUCUUCAUGAAAUUGAAAUGUGCAAAAAAUAUUCGGUGGCGACAAAUUUUAUUGUUUUACUAAGUCAUCGUUAUGGUUCUCGACCAACACCGGCAACAAUUCGUGCAACACUUUUUGAUCUAUUGUUCCCCAUUAUUCGUUCAGAUUUAAAUGAUAAUAACGAUGCUCAAUUACUUUCUCAAUGGUAUCAACUUGAUACGAAUCGAAUACCAGCUGUUUACGUACUUCGUUCGAUAUCAUCGAUUCUACCAAAGAUAGAGUCUUCAAAUACAAAAGAAAUGAAACAAGCCGAAAAAGAAUGGAAAUUAAUUAAUAAUCGUAUUCGAAAUUGUCUUCGUCAAGCAGCGACAAAAUGUUUUGAGCAAAAACAAAUUACACAGGAUGAAUACGAUGAUUUUUUUAUAUCGAUCACUGAGAAAGAAAUUGUUAAAGGUAUUCUAACAACAUCAGAUGCCAAUCAACGUACAUUAUGUUUUUUACGUGAAAUUGAAAAUAUUCACGAACAUUUAUUCGAUAGUAAAAUAUCAAAAUACAUCGAUAUGUGUCAUUCAAGAACAGGUGAAUUAAUAAUCGAUAGUGAAGCUGAAAAUUUACUUCAAAAUUUAAAAAAAUCUCGUAUACCAAGUAAAUUACAAUCAUCGAAUAUAUUCUCCUAUCAAGUGCAUUGGACAUCAAAUGGAAUAAAUCGACACGAUCAUGCAACAUAUAUUGCUCAAUUUAAUGAUGAUUUUUAUCAUGCAGUUAAACAACAAAUUGAUCAAUGUGUUAAAUCUCGAAUUUUAUUUGAUUCAGAUCCAUUACAACAUGAAAUAUUAGAACAUGCAAUUCAAUGUAAAACAUAUGUAAAUAAAUUUCACGGUCGUAUCGAUAUACUUAAUCAAUUUAAAGAAUAUGUUAUGAAUGAGAAUGAAAAUCGUUUUUGUAUUGCAUAUGGUGAUUCUGGAUUUGGCAAAACAAGUUUAUUGGCUAAAAUUGCAAUUGACGUAUUGAAAUGGUGGUCUAAUCGAUCUGUUUCAGUGAUUUUACGUUUUCUCGGAACAACACCUCAAUCAUCUACAAUGUACAAAACACUUCUAUCAAUAUCUCAACAAAUAUGUCAAUUAUAUAAUUUAUCCAUGGAUACUUAUUCAGAUAUUCUUCAAUUACGAUAUCAAUUAGAAACAAAUUUAUUUUUGAAAAUACCUGAAAAUGAAUAUCUUCUUAUUGUAAUUGAUUCAAUCGAUCAACUUGAAUCCGAUGCAUAUGACUGUCAAUGGUUACCAAAAUUAUUUCCGAAAAAUAUCAAAUGUAUUGUUUCUACUUUACCUGAACAUGGUGGUAUACUUUCAUCUUUAAAAUCGUUAAUCGGUUAUUAUCGAUUAGAAAUUAAACAAACACAACAUUUACUUAUUUUAAUUCCAUCAUUUGAAUCAUCAACAGUAGAAAUUAUUUAUAAUGAUUGGCUUCAAUUAAAACAACGUUCAUUAAGUCAUGAACAACGUACAUUUAUUCGUCAAUGGAUGGAAGAACAAACAAAAAUAGUUCCUCUAUUGAUGAAACUAAUGUUUGAUAUUUUAUGUACAUGGCAUUCAUAUGAUACAAUUGAUAAUCAAUUGAAAACAUGUCGUACUGUCGAUGAUUGUAUUCGAUAUCUAUUCAAUCAUCUACAAACUAAACAUAAUAGUGUUUUGUUUCGUCGUGCACUUUGUUAUAUGACUGCUUGUCGUAGUGGUAUUAGUCAAAAUGAAUUAGAGGAUGUACUCUCACUCGAUGAUGAUGUUCUCAAAAGUAUUUUUGAACAUUAUAUUCCACCAAUACAACGUUUACCAGGCAUUUUAUGGACAAGAAUAAGGAAUGAUCUAGAUGAAUAUCUAACGGAAAAAGAAAUCGAUGAUUCAUCGGUUAUCUACUGGUAUCAUCGUCGCUUUAUCGAUGUUGUCAAUAAAGAAUAUCUUUCUCAAUUAGAUGAAACAGAAAAAGAAAUCAUUUUCGGCAAUAUGAUCGAUUUAUAUAAUGAAACUUGGAAAGAAAAAAAUAAACCAUUCAAAAUUGACAAUCCAAAAUUGAUUGAUAAAUAUCAUUUAAUAGAAUCGAAUGGAGAAAUUCCAGGUAAUCGAUUGAUAACUUCACAACCGAUUGAAUUUAUUAAUGUCAAUGGUAAAAUUCAAUACAAUAAACGAAAAUUAAAUGAAUUACCACAAUUCUUAUGUAAAUUAUCACCAAAUUUAGCUAUACCAAUCGUAGUCACAGAAGUCUUUUUCAAUUAUUCGUUCAUGCAUGCCAAAAUUCAAUGUUCAGAUUACAAUGAUAUUACUAUUUUAAUGCAACAUUUCAAAGAUAUUUCGAAAAACAAAUUAUCGAAUGAAGUUAUCAAUAUGAGAAAUGAAAUCAAUAUAUUAUUUAUGAUUUAUAUGAUGAUUGGCCAUCUACUACAAGAAUAUCCGAACAAUUAUGUAUUUGAAUUUUCAUCGCGUCUUCUUAGUUUAUUCGGUAUUAAAUCAAAUAUAACUCGUUUAAUCAAACAAUUCGAUAAAGAAAGUAUUCAGCAUUGUUCUCUAAUUGUACCUUAUUGUCAAAUGCGACCACCAGGUAGUGGUUUAGUCUAUUCAAUGAAUAAACAUACAACACCUGUAAUCGAUCUCGUUUUAACAUAUGAUCAAAUGGCAGCUAUAUCUCUAUCGGAUCGAAUUGUUGUUAUUGAUAUGACAUCUGGACAUACAUCAUUCGAUGUUAAAUUACCUAAAUUAAAUGAACCCUAUUUAAAUAUAACGACAUUAACAAAUAUCUAUCAAUUCGAUGAAAAUGAACAACAAUAUUAUUUUUUUGUUAAUUCAUUUCAUCAUAUUUAUUUCUUAUCUGCAUAUGAUGAAAUUAAAUUUGAACAAAUGUCAAAUGUUGGCUAUGAAACAGUAGAAAUUCUUGAUUAUAAACAUGGACUUUGUAUUAUAAAAGAAAUGAAUAGUAAUUUGAUUGAAUGUUGGGAUCUUGUAAAUAAUCGACUAUUUAGUCGAAUUGAUUCAAUUUCAUCCGUAAUUAAAAAAAUUCUCUGUAUUAAUACAUAUUUAAUGCUUGUCAUUAUUUGUCAAGAUGGAUUUGUUCAUUUUUAUUCGAUUACUAAUCUCACACAAAUAUCUUUCGUUUAUCGUUCUUCCAUUCAUAUUGGACAACAUUUCAAUUCGAUCAUUGUUAGUGGACGAAAUUUGAUUUAUACAUUUGAUGAAACAAUAUCUGUUGAUUUUGUUCAUAUCGAUUUGAAAAUAAUUUAUGAAAGUAAAGCAAUUGUAUCUGACGAUGAUAUUAUUAAAACAUUGGUUAAUUUUGAUGUACCCAUUGAACCGAAACCAAUCGAACGUAUUCUAUUACCUGACAAAGAACAAAUGAGUUAUGAUUUGAAUAAAAUCAAUUCUUUACUAUUUGUGGCUAUGACAACGAAUUCUUUGUAUGUUAUUCAUGAAUGUGAAGAAAAUAAUAUAUCCUAUGCGCGUAUCAACGGUCAUUUUGAUAUUGUUUCAAUGCAUGAAAAUAAUCGAAAUAUUGUAUACACGGCUCGUGGAGGUAUCAUAGAUAUUUACGUUUGGGCUUGUGAAAAUACUCAAGACAUUAGAAAUGAGAAAUGUCAUUAUUUACAUACAUAUGAAUUGUAUGCUUCGAUUGAUAUAAGUUCAUCGUCUGUAACUCGAAUCAAACCAAUUGUUGCGUUAGAACCUCUUUUCUUAUGUUCGAUGGAAAACGGAGUUAUUCAUAUGUAUCAAACUGCACAAAUACGUGAAACAUAUGAAAUUAUGCCACCAUUUCCACGUACAAAUAAUGUAAUUGAAACUAUGAAACUUUACGAUACAAUUGCAGUAACACUUGAUAGUCAAAAACGGUAA